AUGGCUUCUCUUGCGGCCAGAGUGACCCGAGUGUCGCUGUUUCAGAAGUCUUUUAUCUCAUCUAAACAGUCUUUCACUCGCACCCUGGCUACCCGAGCAACAUCAUACACACUCAACACUGGCGCGAAGAUCCCAGCGCUCGGGUUCGGCACAUUCCAAGACCCCGAUUCUCAAGAAGAGACAGUCAGCCGAGCUCUACAGAAGGGCAUGCGCCUAAUUGAUACCGCCCGGGUUUACCACGUCGAAGAACAAGUUGGGAGAGGAAUCAAAAAGAGCGGAAUUUCUCGUGAAGACAUUUUUCUUGGCACGAAAUUAUGGUGCAACGAUUACCACCCCAAAGACGUUGAGCGUUCCCUCGAUGACUCUUUACGCGAUCUGGAUACUCCCUAUGUCGACCUUUUGUUAAUGCACUACCCGUGCACCUUUAAGCGGGGACCUGAGCGAUUCCCUCGAGAUGCCGAUGGCAGAAUGAUUCAUGGCACAACCACAUUUGUGGAUACCUGGAAAGCAAUGGAAAAACUGACCAAUACUGGAAAGGUCAAGGCCAUUGGAGUGUCAAAUUUCAGCCAGGGUGAAAUUCAAACCUUGCUCAAUGAGAGUUCUACAGCCCCAGCUGUUCAUCAGAUGGAAGUCCAUCCCUAUUUACAGCAGAAAGGCUUCAACGAAUGGCUGAAGACCAAUGGCAUUCAUGUUGUUCAAUUCAGCCCACUUGGUAAUAUGAACGAUUUCUACCGACAGACUGGGUGGUCUAAGGAUGUUGCACAUAUGAUGCGGGUCAUUGAUCAACCGAUUUUGAAAAAGAUUGGCGAAAAAUAUGGCAAAAGUGCCGUUCAAGUGGUUCUUUCGUGGGGUAUUAACAGUGGUCGUUCUGUUAUCCCUAAGAGUGUUGUUGACUGGCAAAUCGAACAGAACCUUGAGGCAGAUUUCGAGUUACAGCCUGAGGAUAUUGCUCAAAUCGCAACAUUAGACACUAAGGCUCGGUUCAAUGAUCCAAGCUUAGACUAUGAAUGGCGUUUGUAUAGCGAUCUGGAAGGUAUUGACGGUACUAUGAGAGGAAAGACCCAUUAG